AUGAGUCGUUUGUUGACCCUGGAGGAGUUUGAAAAUUACAGAGAUAAAAGCGGAGAUACCCUGGUUGUGGUGGACUUCUACGCUGAGUGGUGUGGGCCAUGCAAAGCCAUCAAACCAACUUUUGUGGAGCUUGCCAAAGAACAUAAAGAUGUGUGCUUCAUCCAGGUCAACGUCGACGAGCAAGAAGAGAUUGCUGCUGAGUGUAAGGUGGAGUGCAUGCCAACCUUCUGUUUCUACAAAAAUGGAAAACAACUGAAGACCUUCUCCGGUGCCAAUCAAGAAACACUGAAGUCGGGAGUGAAGGAGUAUAAGAAGAAAGAUGCUAAGUAGACGCCCUGUCAUCCUGGUUUGUGGGAAUAGCCUCUUAGAAAAAUGUAUCUGAACUGAUUUACACAGGUGAUUCGGAAAGAUGGGUACCCAAUUUCAAAAAGAUGUUAAAAGUAAUUUUUGAAGACGGGGUUGAAAAUAGUACAUCAUUAGAAACCCCUGUUGUACAAACACGAAACGACAACAUUUCUGAAAGUUACAAUGUUCGGCAAAAA